AUGUAUAAAGUGCGUUGUAGGCAUUCGGAAAACACUUCAGUUCUUGCAGUCGUGCAGAAACGGAGCGAUUUAUCCGACGUCCAAAAAGAUAUGAUCAUAGUCUUUGUAGACAAGGGUGGAGGCAUUUCCGAAACGGCUAAUUUUAUAAACUGUUCUCGGGCCGCCGUGAUGAAAAUAUACCAUGCAUGGCAAAAUGGCACUAUCCAAAAACAGCUACGUGGCAAAUGUGGCACACCACGGGCCAUAGAUGGCAGAGGUGAACGACGGCUGUGGAGAUGCGUUCGGGCGAAUAGAUGCGCAACCGUUGAGCAACUGACAACCCAAAUGAACCAAAGGACUACCAACAGAUUCUCCACAAUGAUAGUUCAGCGAACGUUGCUGCGGAUGGGCCUCUGCAGCAAAUGUCUAGUUAAUGCACCUAUGCUGAUUGCUGUUCAUCGGCGAUGA